UUCUAUACCCACCUGAGGAUUAACGCUUGUUUGGAAUGGCCACCUACAUCGAAUUUGUGCCCCCUCCGGAAUGCCCGGUGUUCGAGCCCAGCUGGGAGGAAUUCUCUGAUCCCCUGAGUUUCAUCGGACGCAUCCGGCCGAUUGCUGAAAAGACAGGGAUAUGCAAAAUCCGACCUCCCAAGGACUGGCAGCCACCCUUUGCCUGCGAUGUCAAAAGCUUCUGCUUCACCCCUCGGGUACAGCGCCUCAACGAACUAGAGGCAAUGACCCGUGUCAAGCUCGAUUUCCUGGAUCAGCUGGGAAAAUUUUGGGAGCUGCAAGGUUCCGCGCUCAGAAUUCCAGUGGUGGAUCGCAAGCUGUUGGAUGUGUAUGCACUGAGCAAGGUGGUUUCCAGUGAGGGGGGCUUUGAGGUUGUCACUAAAGAGAAGAAAUGGUCUCAGGUGGGCAAUCGAAUGGGAUACCAGCCAGGCAAAGGCACAGGCUCUCUUCUGAAGUUGCACUAUGACCGAAUCCUCUACCCCUACGAGCUGUUCCAGUCUGGCGUCAGCCUGAUGGGCAUCAAAAAAACAAGUCUGAAGGAAGAAGAGAAGCUGGAAGUGACGGAGCCAUGUGAGGUUCAAAAAGAUUUACCCGAAACUGAGAAGAAGAUGAUUGUCCCUUUAAAAAGGUCUCGACGCAUAAAGUCAGAGCCAGAAACGUUGGAGAUCACAAAGAGCCCGGAGAUGAAGAAGUUGCAUGUUUUUGGAGCAGCUGCUAGAAUGAUAGGGGUUGGUGAUGGCGUGAAAGACCGAGCUGAUGAAGCUUACAAGAAGCGCAAAACUUCAAAGCUGGAGGCCUUUGGAAUGCAGAGAAGACACGGGAAGGGGGCCCUGUCAGUUAGUUUUGUCGACCUGUACAUCUGUCUGUUCUGCGCCCGCGGUGACUGUGAAGACAAAUUGCUGCUGUGCGAUGGAUGUGACGACAGCUACCAUACCUUUUGCUUGAUCCCACCUCUUUCAGAGGUGCCCAAGGGUGACUGGAGGUGUCCCAAAUGUGUGGCUGAGGAAUGUAGCAAACCCCGGGAAGCGUUUGGAUUUGAGCAGGCAGUGAGGGAAUAUACUUUACAAAGCUUUGGGGAAAUGGCCGACAGCUUCAAAUCCGAUUACUUCAAUAUGCCUGUGCACAUGGUGCCUACUGAGCUUGUGGAAAAAGAGUUUUGGCGGUUAGUCAGUUCCAUUGAAGAAGAUGUGAUUGUGGAGUAUGGAGCUGACAUCUCCUCUCGGGAUUUUGGGAGCGGCUUCCCCGUAAUGGACGGACGCAGAAAGCUAACUGCAGAUGAAGAGGAUUAUGCUCAUUGUGGAUGGAACCUCAAUAACAUGCCUGUGCUUGAGCAGUCUGUGCUCGCCCACAUUAACGCUGAUAUCUCUGGUAUGAAAGUGCCCUGGCUCUACGUGGGCAUGUGUUUCUCCUCCUUCUGUUGGCACAUUGAAGACCACUGGAGUUAUUCAAUCAACUAUCUGCACUGGGGGGAGCCAAAGACUUGGUAUGGUGUUCCUUCCCAUGCUGCCGAACAGCUGGAGGAUGUGAUGAGGACUCUGGCUCCAGAGCUGUUUGAGACACAGCCUGAUCUCUUGCAUCAGCUGGUAACCAUCAUGAACCCCAACGUCCUGAUGGAACAUGGAGUGCCGGUAUACAGGACCAAUCAGUGUGCCGGAGAGUUUGUGAUCACCUUUCCUCGUGCUUAUCAUUCUGGAUUCAAUCAGGGCUACAACUUUGCAGAGGCUGUGAAUUUCUGCACUGCAGACUGGCUCUCUAUGGGUCGUCAGUGUGUAAGCCACUACCGUCGGCUGAGGCGCCAUUGCGUCUUCUCUCACGAAGAGCUGAUCUUUAAGAUGGCGUCUGACCCAGAGUGCCUGGACGUGGGACUGGCAGCCGCAGUAUGCAAAGAGAUGACCAUAAUGAUCGAGGAGGAGACCAAACUGAGGGAACUGAUUGUGCAGUUGGGAGUUGUUCAGGCCGAGGAGGAGGCCUUCGAGUUGGUGCCAGAUGACGAGAGGCAAUGUUCUUCAUGCAGAACUACUUGCUUUCUGUCUGCUCUCACGUGUUCCUGCAGCUUGGAUCAGCUUGUCUGUCUGAAUCAUGCAGAGGAACUCUGCUCCUGUCCAAUGCAAAAUAAGUGUCUCAGGUACCGGUACUCUCUGGAGGAUCUCCCAUCACUGCUUUAUGGUGUGAAAUUACGGGCGCAGUCUUACGAGUCAUGGGUGAAUCGAGUUACAGAUGCUCUGUCUGCCUCUCUCAACCACAAAAAAGAUGUCAUCGAGUUGAAAGUCAUGCUGGAGGAUGCGGAAGAUAGGAAGUUUCCAGAGAACGAUCUGUACCGCAAACUCCGGGAUGCCGUUAAGGAGGCAGAAACCUGUGCAUCUGUUGCCCAGUUGCUACUCACCAAAAAACAAAAGCACAACAGAUUAAACCCAGAAUAUGGGAAGACUCGCACCAAACUUACCAUGGAGGAGCUCAAAGCCUUUGUGCAUCAGCUGUUCAGCCUGCCCUGCAUUAUCUCUCAGGCCCGACAGGUUAAGAACCUGCUUGACGACGUGGAGGAGUUUCAUGAACGCGCGCAUGAAGCCAUGCGUGACGAUAUCCCUGACUCCAGCAAGCUUCAGGCUCUCAUAGACCUCGGCUCCAGCUUGUAUGUAGAACUUCCAGAACUGCCACGGUUAAAGCAAGAACUUCUGCAAGCCCGUUGGCUUGACGAGGUGCGGCAGACUUUGUCAGACCCUCACAGGGUUACUUUGGAUGUGAUGAAGAAACUGAUUGACUCUGGAGUGGGUCUGGCACCCCAUCACGCAGUGGAGAAAGCAAUGGCAGACUUACAGGAACUGCUCACAGUAUCGGAGAGGAUGGAAGAGAAAGCCAAAACAUGUCUGCAAGCCAGGCCACAGCACAGUAUGGGAGGUAUUGAGAGCAUCAUCGUGGAAGCCAAGAACAUCCAUGCAUAUCUGCCCAAUGUGCUUGCUCUUAAGGAAGCCCUGCAAAGGGCUAAAGAUUGGACAGCUAAAGUGGAGGCCAUUCAGAGUGGCUCUCACUAUGCAUACUUAGAGCAGUUGGAGAACCUGCUAGUGAAAGGCCGCCCCAUCCCAGUGCGUCUUGAUGCCCUCCCUCAGGUGGAGUCCCAGGUUGCAGCAGCUCGAGCGUGGCGAGAGAGAACAGCCAGAACGUUCUUAAAGAAGAACUCCAGCUAUACUUUGCUACAGGUGUUGAGCCCACGAACUGAUAUUGGUGUGUACGGCAGCAGUCGGAGUAAGAGGAAGAAAGUCAAAGAGUUAAUGGAUGAGAAAGACUUGGAUCUAGAUUCCAUGAGUGAGCUGGAAGAACCAAUGGAAGAGCCCCGGGAUGCUGCGUCUGUGGUUGCAGUGUUUAAAGACAUGGAGCACAAAGAGGUGGACGCCAUUCGUUCUUUGAGAUCCGCUAAUCUGGUUAAGAUGACGAUGGUGGAUCGAAUCGAGGAGGUGCGGUUCUGCGUGUGUCGGAAGGCAGCUAGCGGCUUCAUGCUGCAGUGCGAGCUUUGCAAAGACUGGUUCCACAGUACCUGUGUGCCGCUGCCCAAGACCAGCUCUCAGAAGAAGGGCUCCAACUGGCAGUCCAAGGACGUGAAAUUCCUUUGCACUCAGUGUAUGCGCUCCCGGCGGCCGCGCCUAGAGACUAUCCUCUCGCUGCUCGUUUCGCUGCAGAAGCUUCCCGUGCGCUUACCUGAAGGCGAGGCCUUGCAGUGCCUGACUGAACGAGCCAUGAGCUGGCAGGACCAGGCACGGCAGGCUUUGGCGACGGAUGAACUGUCGUGUGCUUUGGCUAAGCUUAGUGUUCUGAGCCAGCGUAUGGUGGAGCAGGCAGCACGCGAGAAGACGGAGAAGAUCAUAAGCGCAGAGCUGCAAAAAGCCGCGGCAAACCCAGACCUGCAAGGUCACUUGCCCAUUUUCCAGCAGAGCUCCUUCAGUCGGGGUUUGUCCAGCAUGGCACCUUCCCCCCAGACGCCUUUAGAUUAUGAUGAUGAGGAGACUGAUUCAGAUGAGGAUAUACGGGAGACAUAUGGUUAUGAUAUAAAGGAUAGCGGGAGUGUAAAAUCUUCCAGCAGCCUGGAGCCAAACCUGUUCUGUGACGAGGAGAUCCCAAUUAAGUCUGAAGAAGUUGUGAGCCACAUGUGGACAACAUCGUCGUUUUGUGCUGAACAUGCUUACUCCUCUGCUUCCAAGAGCUGUGUCCAAGUUUCAGGCACCCCACGAAAACAGCCCAGGAAGAGCCCACUGGUACCACGCAGCCUAGAACCUCCCGUACUGGAGCUGUCCCCGGGAGCCAAGUGCCAGCUGGAGGAACUCCUGAUGUUAGGAGACCUGCUGGAGGUAUCACUGGAUGAGACUCAGCAUAUCUGGAGGAUCCUGCAGGCAACACACCCUCCUUCUGAAGAAAAGUUCCUGCAUGUCAUGGAGGAUGACAGCCUGGAUGAGAAACCGAUGAAGGUGAAGAGCAAGGACUCUUCGGAGAAGAAACGUAAGAGGAAAUUAGAGCGCGCAGAACAGCUCUUGGCCGAGGGUAAACAGCGGUCCAGGGAAUUCAAAAAGCUGGAUAAGAACAAAAAGAAAAAGCUGAAAUUGGGGCACGACAAGGCUAAGGAGCUGAGCAAGCUUGCCAAAAGGCUGGCCAAGGAGGAGGAACGCAAGAGGAAGAAGGAGAAAGUAGCAGCUGCCAAGGCAGAGCUGAGCAAAGAAAUUGCUGAGAAGAAGCGAGAGAAGAAAGUGCUAGAUAUUCCCUCUAAGUAUGACUGGUCAGGAGCAGAAGAGUCCGAUGAUGAGAAUGCAGUUUGUGCUGCACAGAACUGCCAGCGACCGUGCAAGGAUAAGGUUGAUUGGGUGCAGUGCGACGGGGGCUGCGACGAGUGGUUUCAUCAGGUCUGCGUGGGAGUCUCCUCCGAAAUGGCUGAGAACGAAGACUACAUCUGUACGAACUGCAGCAGGAAGCGGGUGCAGGGUUCAGGCCCACCCUGUCCCCCCUGCCCUUCAAAUUUAACUUUCUCCCCUGGUUUCCCUUUGUCCCCCAUUGAGGUUAAACAGGAAGUCAGCUAGCACGGCAAAGCGGCGAAGCACUGACUGGUUGUUUCACAACUUCCUACCCUUUGAUCUAUCAUCCCUCUGCCUACUUCCUAACAAACGGGGGGGAUGUGUUUGUUUUUGGUAGUUCUUUUGACACUGAGCAAGCCCCCCCCCCCGGUGCUGUUCAACGUCAGAACCGUUCUCUGGUUAAGGCCGGUAGUGCUGAAGGAACCCGGAGAAGCAGGAGAUAAAUGCACAAAAGGAACGGAGUAGGUUCGGUGCCCUUUUUUGGAAUCCAAAUGGCUCCCACCAGCAGAGGAAAGACUGAGCAUCCGACUCCCAGAAGCCUCUCCCAGUAGUAGUACACGGUAGGAGUAGCUGAUCAUGACAUGAAUGAAAAUCCUCCGUGGUAGAGACAUGUAUCCGGCUACGGGUUCCGUAGCCGAUUUAUAUCCAGGUCCGAUGAUAUGCACGUUCAAAGCAAACAACCAUGUUAAUAGGAUGCCCUCAUUGGACCUUACCUGGAUUAUAUAGGAUAAAGGAGUUAAAAACAGAAGCAGCCAAUCACAACCCUCCCCCCCCACCCCGGCAUGGAGAAUUACUACAGUGUCACCUAUGGACGGAACUUUUUAUGUUUCAAGCAAUCUAGCGACAGUGUUUCUGGCCUCAUUUUAUUCCUGUUCCUUACUGGGUAUGACACGGGUACCUCUGUCGGUUGCAUUUAAUAAGCUCUGAUGCCCCCCCCCCCCCCCCCCGGGAAGUGGCGCCAUCUAGGAAAUCGGCCUAUGGCGGCUGCAGGACGUUGGCUUGUGUCGGAGGAGGGAAGGAAAGCCUUGAAAAGACUUGCUUUCCAUUUCUUCCUCCUGUGACUACUGUGUAAUAAUAGAUUCUCUCCCACACUCCUCACUGUUUGUCUGAUGUCGGCCAUAUUUGUUUUUCUUGUGUUAAAAGAACCAGGACCUCUCUCUCCAGUGUUGUCAGCUACAUUGUACUUUAAAACGCAGGAGGAGUAGGGAGUAGCUCUAGAAAUUUCGAUAAGUAAUGAAGUGCCCUUUGAAGAAUACAUUUGUGUUUAAGCUCCUGA